UCUCUCAGUAGUGGCUGAAGAUGAACCCACCAAUGGAGACUCAGUCACCCUCUGACUUCCAGCUAUGAGUAUCACCUUCAACUACCAUUUCUUGAGCACCUGGUGUGUGCUGGGCGCUGUUCUGGACCUUGUGGGGGGAAUCACAGGAGAUAAAAGAUACAAUCCUUAUCCUCAAGCAGCUUGUAAUUCUAUUUGGGAGCUGAAGCCCGCAUAAAUGAAGCGACAUAAGAACGGUAACAAGCAGUAUCUCAGUAGAAUGGGUACUAGGAAAAAGGUUCAAGCCUUUGUUCGUGUCAAGCCUACUGACGACUUUGCCCAUGAGAUGAUCAAAUAUGGAGAGGACAACAAAAGCAUUGAUAUUCACUUGAAAAAAGACACUCGGAGAGGAGCCGUCAAUAACCAGCAGACAGACUGGUCAUUCAAGCUGGACGGAGUUCUUCAUGACGCCUCCCAGGACUUGGUUUAUGAAACAGUUGCCAAGGAUGCAGUUUCUCAGGCCCUUGAUGGAUACAACGGCACCAUCAUGUGUUACGGGCAGACAGGAGCUGGCAAGACAUACACCAUGACAGGGGCAACGGAGAAUUACAAGCACCGGGGUAUUCUCCCUCGUGCCCUGCAGCAGGUGUUUAGGAUGAUUGAAGAGCGUCCCACACACGCCAUCACAGUCCGUGUCUCCUACUUGGAAAUCUACAAUGAGAACCUGUUCGAUCUCCUGUCCACUCUGCCCUAUGUUGGACCCUCAGUCACCCCAAUGACUAUCGUGGAAAACCCUCAAGGGGUCUUCAUUAAAGGCUUGUCCGUGCAUCUCACCAGCCAAGAGGAGGACGCAUUCAGCCUCCUCUUUGAGGGAGAGACCAACAGGAUCAUUGCCUCCCACACGAUGAACAAGAACUCAUCCAGGUCACACUGCAUUUUCACCAUCUACAUGGAGGCUCAUUCUCGGACCUUAUCAGAUGAAAAGUAUAUCACUUCCAAAAUCAACCUGGUAGACCUGGCAGGCUCGGAGAGGCUCAGCAAGACGGGGUCAGAAGGCAGAGUCCUAAAGGAAGCCACCUACAUCAACAAGUCGCUGUCAUUCUUGGAGCAGGCUAUCAUUGCCCUGGGGGACCAGAAUCGGGACCACAUCCCUUUCCGGCAGAGCAAGCUCACCCACGCUCUGAAAGACUCCUUAGGGGGAAACUGCAAUAUGGUCCUUGUGACAAACAUCUAUGGAGAAGCUGCCCAGUUAGACGAAACGCUAUCUUCGUUGAGGUUUGCCAGCAGGAUGAAGCUGGUCACCACUGAGCCUGCCAUCAACGAGAAGUAUGAUGCCGAGAGAAUGGUCAAGAAUUUGGAGAAGGAACUGGCAUUGCUUAAGCAGGAACUGGCCAUCCAUGAUAGUCUGUCCAACCGCACCCUCGUGAAUUAUGACCCCAUGGAUGAGAUCCAGAUUGCUGAGAUCAACUCCCAAGUACGGAGGUACCUGGAGGGGACGCUGGACGAGAUUGACAUAAUCAAUCUAAGGCAGAUUCAGGAGGUAUUCAACCAGUUCAGGGUGGUUCUGAGCCAACAGGAGCAGGAAGUAGAGUCUGCCUUGCGCAGGAAGUACACUCUCAUAGACAAAAAUGACUUUGCAGCCAUUUCUGCUGUCCAGAAGGCGGGGCUUAUGGAUGUUGAAGGGCACCUAGUGGGUGAGCCUGAUGGACAAAGCUUUGGACUUGGGGUUGCUCCUUUUUCUGUCAAACCUGGGAAGAAAUCUAAGUCUAAGAAGACAGCGAAAGACCAGUUCAGCUCCUCAGCAAGAAAGGAAGGUGCCAGCAGCCCUGUGAGUGGCAAGGACUUUGAUAUAACUUCCAUCUCCAAGACCCAGCUGAUCCCAUCUUCCAAAGAAGGGGAUCUCAAAGACGUGCUUGUGCGAGAAAGGGAAACUUCCAGCAUUGAGCCCCUUCCCUCAGACUCACCAAAGGAAGAAUCUCGUGCACCCAGACCCAGCACCCCACCUUCUAAGCCUGUGGCCUUUGAAGAGUUUAAGAAUGAACGAGGUAGUGAGAUCAACCGCAUCUUCAAAGAAAACAAAUCCAUCUUAAAUGAACGGAAGAAAAGGGCCAGCGAAACAACCCAGCGCAUCAAUGCCAUCAAGCAGGAGAUUGAUGUGACCAAAGAGGCACUGAAUUUCCAGAAGUCAUUACGGGAGAAGCAAGGAGAGUACGAGAACAAAGGCCUGAUGAUCAUUGAUGAGGAGGAAUUUCUGUUGAUCCUGAAGCUCAAAGAUCUGAAGAAGCAGUAUCGAAACGAGUACCAGGAACUUCGCGACCUCCGGGCUGAGAUCCAGUACUGCCAGCGCCUGGUGGAUCAGUGUCGCCACCGCUUGCUCAUGGAAUUUGACAUCUGGUACAAUGAGUCCUUCGUCAUCCCUGAGGAUGUUCAGGUAGCACUGAAGCUAGGCAGUAGCAUCCGGCCAGGCAUGGUGCCCAUCGCCAGGAUUGUAUGUCUGGGAGAAGAUGACCAGGACAGGUUCAGCCAGCUGCAGCAGACUGUCUUGCCUGAGGGUCCUGAUUCCAUCUCCUUCUACAAUGCCAGAGUCAAGACAGAACAGAAGCACAGUUAUAUGAAAACCAUGGUGGGCCUCCAGCAGUCACACAGAAAAUAGUCUCAUCCGUAGCUUGAAGACCAGCAGCUCUAGUCUGCUCUCAGGAAGCUGCUAAGCCACAUGCCCAGAGCUCCAGCCACUCAGCUGCACGAUGGGACCAAACCCAGAGAGCACACAAUUGCCUGCCUACUAGGAUGAGCAUCCUCCAAAGGACACCCUUGCUCCUCUUCACAGAAUAUUUUUGAUUUUACAUUACUACCAUGUGUAAAAGCAAGAUAAAAUUAUGUUUUAUUUCCUGUC